CUCCCCGUCCGCUCUACCCAUUGGUAAUAUUAUUUGUAAUGUUAAAAUGUGGUAAAGAGAUUAAACCCUGAAUUCUGCGUUGAUCUGUAGGAAGAAAAUCGACACGAGGCUGUGUCUGGAAGAACAGUCAGUGUCGGUCACCGGGAGAUGUUAGCAAAACUAGACGUGAAGUGUAAGGCGGAAAUUAGAAAGGAACUCCUGUUUCAACACAAAGAGCGAGAGAGGCUUAUAGAGAAACAGCUGCGGUCACGGGAAGAACAAGCGAUGGCAGCGUCCCUGGCAGGCGGAGGGAGGAGUGAGGUCCAAUGGAUGGUUCAGUGUCUCCAGGUUCAGCGUCACCUUCGGCGAUGGGUCUCCCUCAAACAUGAACUCCAUCAGCUCAGAGAGCAGCUCACAGCCACAACUCCAGGCAACACCACAUCGUGGCCACUGGUGAGCGAGGCCGAUGAGGAGAUGAGAGAGGUGUGCGAACAUGCGGGAGGCCGUCCUUUAGCCCUGAUGGAACUGCAGGAGGUGACGGCCUUGCUGGAGCUCAGAGAGACCAGCCUGCUGGAGCUCGCUGAUACCUUGAAGAAGUUCACCUCGCACAAGGGUGUGGUUGAAGCUGAAGAUCUGGCUGAGGAGCUGAAAAGCUUCAGACAUGAGAGGAUGAAGAGCCUGCGGUUGGAACUGGAGGCAAUGAAGAGCGCGAAGACAGCACAACGUGAAGACAGGAGGCACAAGCAGGAGAACCAGGUGAAGGAGCUUGAGGCAGAUCUGGAGGAAGAGCGGAAAGUGGAUGCAGAGAUCAUGGAUCAGAAACGGUUUGAGCAGCAACGAAAACAGCAUCUCCAGGCGGUGGAGGAAAGAAUGAAACUCCAGGACCACCUGGAAAGAGGAGAGCUCACCAACCCACUCCGAGAGAACCUGGUGGAGGAGCAGAGUGAGAGCCUGGGGCUCCAGCAGACCUCUCUGCAGCAAGAGACUGUGCGAAUCGAGAAGGAGCAAGAAGCCAGAAGGGAACAGAAGAGAGCCUGGGGUCUCAGACACAUUCUGGAAAAGAUGGCAGUGGAGGAACAGGAAGACGAUGCUCGAUAUUCUUGUCAAAUUGAGCACCUUUUGACUGAAGUCACCAAAGACUUUCAGCAAGCGGCAACCUUCUCCCCCCUGAGGAUUCCAUUACUUCAGGCAGAGUUCAGUCAUCCUGGACUCCAGGAGGGAGACCAGGCUCAGCAUCUGAAAUCAUCCCCAAUGCUCCAACACCUUCAGGAAGCAGAUGAAAAGCUGGAAGCCAACUUGGAGCCAAAGGUGUUGGGACAAAGUGAAGACCAUCAACAGGAGUGGAGCCCAAACAUGGCCAGAUACCAAGUAACAGACCAACCUUUUAUUGACCUGCUGGAUGCCCAGUGGACUUGCGAAGGGGAACUGAUCCCAGUAAACCCCGAGAGGCUGUCACUGACGGAAUUUGUCGUCUAUCGCUUCGGGACCUUCAUCGUGCAACUCAUGAAACGAUCUAUCAACGCUCCCGAGGUCAGUCUGCUUCUUGCCUGCAGUUUGCCACGCAACGAUUAUACUUACAACGCCUUCCGCAACUCCUUCUUUUACCAGCACUCCGAGAGGCGGCUGUUUAUCCGGCGUCAACGAUUGAAAUCACUCGGUGAUUUUGCCCUCCUUUUGGCCCACUGUCUGGCUCACGUCACUGCAGAUGAACUGAGCGAUGACACCAAUCCUCUCUUCCUCAGGCUCUUCCACCAGGCUGUCAAAGCCUUAUUCAAUUACAUGUUUUCCACCCGACUCUGCCUUACUCCUGCUUCACAAGCGUGUGAGCUGAGCCGUCGCUCAAGGGACAACCCUUACCGGGGGAACUCUGCUCUGAAGAGUAUUUUGACACCAUUUCCGAGUUACUGAACCUGAAUAUGAAGGAGGCGACACAGGUGGAAUUCUCUGCUGAGAAGCUGCAGAUGUGCGAGGAAGCUGGGACGUCCCGUGUGACUGGAAAGUCUCUGGAGAACCAGGGAAUCACAAAGACAAAUGCAGAGAGGAAUACGCAACGACUGUGGAGUCGGAUUAGAGUGCAGGAGAGCAAUGGAGAUGGACUGGAAUCAAGGGCAGAGCUGGAGCGGGAGCGCAUUGAGGAGAAGAUCGAUAAUCUCACUGCUGAGCUAACUGUGGCUCUUCAGUCGGUGCUGACGAUGCAGGAAAAUGCGGUAGCAAAGAAACAAGCUUUCUUGGAGCAAGUGAGGGAACUGGAGGCAGAGCUGGACUCUUGGGAAAAUGUAACCUCUUAGCUCCUUACGAUUUAAUAGAAAUGUGACCAUCUAUUCAGCAGUACACAUACUCUAUUCAAUCUAUUUAUUGAUCAAUGGCUUAUUGCUCUCCAUGGCCUUGCUCCUCCGUACUUCUGUGAUCUGCUAAGCCCAUACCGAUCUGUCCGUUCCUUCCCCUCUCUGCUCAAUGUCCCGACCGGCCCGCCCCAUGAUCAGUGGUCGGGCCUUCAGCGCCUCUGCCUGGAACAUCAUCUGGAACUCCAU